AUGGCUUUCCAAAUUCCAGCCCCGGCUACGACCCCGCCCUCUCCAUCCCUGCCUAAGAUGUCCAUUUAUGGGAUCUGGUUUUAUGACAAGGAGGACUGUCAGCGGAUUGCUGAGCUAAUGAAGAAUUUAACGCAGCAAGAACAACUGAAAGCUCAGCAUGGGGGAGGCGUGUCUCCCAAAGCUCUGCACUCAGGGGACAGUAAAGGGGUCGACAUCCUCCAGAUGCUGAACAAGGCCAGGGAUGAGUAUGACAAGAGUAAGCCUGAGCCGAAGGAGAUCGCUGGCAGUAGUGUGAUCUAUGACAACCCCAACCUGAUCAAGCCGAUCCCCGUAAAGCCCAUUGAAAGAGCCUACAGUUCUCAGCAGCUCCCCAAGGACGGUGAGACUGAGCCCAAGCAUUUAUCCCUCGCUGCCCUCUUUGGAGUGCAAGACAAACAGGAGCCUGUCUCCCCAGGUGCAGGCGACAACAGGGCGCAGGCGGCUGGCUGUAAAGUUGGGGGUCGCCCUGCCGUGGCACGAUCCCUCUCCUAUGAGGAGCCAGCUCAAGUGAUGGGCAAGACAGCGGUGGGCAGCCCCCCUCAGCACUGUCCUGCCAUCCAGAAGCUGAUGACGCACCGCGGGGCUGUGGAGCUGCAGCCAGUUUCAGAGUCUCCCGAAAACCGGCUGUGUGAAAACGGGGGCCUGCAGCCCCCCGCAGUGGCCCCCUGUGCGAGCAGAGACCCACUGCAAAGAUUGUUCCAGCCUCCCGCUCCCUGCUGCGCUCACCCACCUCCUCAGCUCCAGACCGCACCCAACCUGCUGCACAGACUCCCCAUAGUCAAGCCGGACCGUGCAGAGCCAUUGAGCUUCAGUGGUGCCCACCAGUCCCAGGCGCUUUAUUUUAGCCCCAGCAAACCACCGCUGGUGGCCGCCACCCCCCAGCAUUCAGUUUCGGGGGUGGUUUCCCCCCAUGAGCUGCUGCACAGAUUGCAGCUGGUCCAGCAGGAGCAGAGCAUGGAUGCUGCCAGGCCAGCGUUGGCUGCCCGCUUCCACGAGCCCCUCAACCAGACCUCCAGGCCCUUGGACAGCUGGGCAGACAAGACCUCUUCUGCAGUGUCCGAGAAACCCAACCCUUUGUUCCAGGUGAUUUCUCCUCAGCGGAUCCCAGCCACCGUAGCUCCUACGCUGCUCAUGUCACCCAUGGUGUUCACCCAGACCAAGUCGACCAAGAGCUCAGAGAGCAACAGGUCUGGCCUGGGUACAGGGGCUGACCGCUGCCCUCCUUCCAGUAGCCUGCUAUCCUCUCAGCCUCUGGAUGAGACCUUCUCUCUCUCACCCAGUGUUCUCACCAGGAGCCAGUUCCAGUGCACGCUUCUACACCUCAUCAAGAAUGAUCCCUCCUUCCUGAAUACCAUCUAUGAGGCUUAUAUCUCCCGCUUCAACACGGACAAAGUCACAAAACCACUCUAA